GGCAUCACCAUCAAAGCCAACCCAGUGCUUCUCGAAGCCUACGACUACUACGCACAGAAGAUGGACAAGUCCGUCGUCGACCACUGCGUGCGUUCCAUGUACUGGGCCGUCCUGCUUUCACGGCACAAGAAAUUCGACGGUCUCAAGUUCAAUUGGGACGUGGUCUUCCUGGCAGUCCUGCUGCACGACUUUGGUUUGUCCACUGACAAGGCAUUGAUAUCCGACGACAAGCGAUUUGAGAUUGACGGCGCCAACAUAACUCGGCAGUUUCUCAAAGACCGUGGCGGCGACGCCUGGACGCCGCAUCUGCAGCUCGUAUGGGACGCCAUUGCGCUGCACACAACAGCAUCCAUAGCGCACCACAAGGAGCCCGAAGUGGUCUUGACCUCGUUCGCCGUCAUGGCCGACAUGUUUGGCCCCAACUUGCCCGGCGAGAUGCUCAGCAAGCGCGACUAUCUCGUCGUGGCCAGGCGGUUCCCGCGGCCGGGCUUCACGGAGACGGUCAUGGAAACAAUGUGCACCGUGUGCAGGGAGAAGCCGGCGGUGACGUUUGACAACUUUGUGCAGGAGUUUGGGCGGAGUUUUGGGUAUGAUGGACGGGGGGAGGGGAAGGAGGAGUUU